GUCUAAAUAAGAUAAUGAUCAUGCGUCCUUUUUCUUUUCCGUUUUUUGUCUCACAUAUAACUUCUCCAUCAACUAACUUAUCACCUUUGCUUGUACACUGGGCCAGUUCUCUCUCUAUUUAUACCAACUGUGCGAGCCAUACUCUUCCACAACAUACCCUGCCUUUUCAGUUUUCACAAUCUGCAUUUAAGCACAUAUAGCUAUACAUACAUACAUAUAUAUAUAGAUAAUUCGCAAUGGCAAAGCUUAGUUGUGUGUUAAUGGCUCCACUACUAUUCUCUUUUCUGCUCAUUCUCAUGGUUUCUUCUCAGGGUCCUCCCUCACCAGGGUACUAUCCUACAUCCAGAUUCCCGUCUUUAGGUUUUGAUCAAGGAUUCAGAAAUCGUUGGGGUCCUCAGCACCAGAGAGUAGAACAGGGUGUCCUAACAAUCUGGCUUGAUUCUACCUCAGGAAGUGGGUUCAAAUCACUUCAUACAUAUCAAUCUGGUUAUUUUGGAGCUGCCAUUAAACUUCAACCCGGUUAUACUGCUGGAGUAAUUACAUCUUUCUAUCUUUCAAAUAAUGAAGAUUAUCCAGGAAAUCAUGAUGAAAUUGACAUUGAAUUUCUGGGUACAACUCCAGGGGAACCCUACACUUUGCAGACAAAUGUUUUCAUAAGAGGAAGUGGAGAUAGAAAUAUCGUCGGCAGGGAAGUCAAAUUUCAUCUCUGGUUUGAUCCAACACAAGACUUCCAUAACUAUGCUAUUCUCUGGACCCCAAGUGAGAUCGUAUUUUUUGUGGAUGAUGUGCCUAUUCGGAGGUAUCCAAGGAAGAGUGAUGCCACAUUUCCCUUAAGACCAAUGUGGGUUUAUGGUUCAAUUUGGGAUGCUUCAUCUUGGGCUACUGACGAUGGAAAAUACAAAGCUGACUACCAAUACCAACCCUUCGUUGGUAGGUAUAAGAAUUUCAAAAUAGCCGCGUGCAGAGCCGACGGGCAAGCUUCCUGUAGGCCCCCUUCUGUGUCUCCAUCUGGCUCUGGCAUAUUGAGCCCACAACAAGAAUCGGCCAUGGAAUGGGCACAGAGAAAUUCUCUGGUUUAUAACUAUUGUCUAGACCCUAAGAGAGAUCAUACCCAAACGCCCGAGUGUUGAAAAAAAUAAAAAUCAUUACAUGUUUCUGGGCUAAAAAUGGCUUCCAAUACCCCCAACAUGUGAUCUGUUCGUGUUAAAAUUAAGUGAGUUAAAAUAUGAUGUGAAAUGAGAACAAAAAAAAUAUAUAUUUUUUUUAUGUGGGUAAGUGUAUGUAUAUGUUAAGGGGGAUUGUGUAUAAAGUUACACAAAAUAUAUAGGAGUUGUUUGUUUGUUUUGUUAUGGGUAUGGUCUUGAGGUGGAACCCGCUUGCCAAGAAUAGGUGCAGGAGUAGUAGUUGAGCAUCCAAGGCCUCCAAAAGAUUUGAAAGGGUUUUUUUGUCUUUUAUCAAAUGUUGAUGGAAUAAAAUUGCUACGAUUUAUGUGUUCAAUAAGAUAAAAAGUAUGAGACUCAUCUCUUAAUUUAA